UCCUGGCAAAAAAGCUCCAGGUUGCCAACCUGCUGUUAUGUAUAUGUUAGUAAGAGCAAGCUAACGGAUAGUUAACGUUACAUUGAAAAGAUUUGCUGGUUUCGGUUCGCGAGCUGACAGUUUUAGUUAGUUAGCUAGGGUAAAGAGACGAAAACGGUCUCAGAGAUGUCCAGAAAACAGUUUACUUUUCGUUUAUCCCCAUGUUUGCUUAUUUGAGAGCUAUAUUGUGUCUGGGAUGAUGAAUGGAAAACCUCCUUCAGCUGCAUGGAGAUGACCUGCCACCACUUCGGUAAUGGUCAGAAUGGGGCCAGAUGUGCCCCUUCUCAAUGAGUACAAACAGGAGUUCUUCUGGAAGCGCUUCCCCCAGACAGUGUUGGGGGGUCCACGCUUCAAGUUGGGCUAUUGUGCUCCGCCCUAUGUAUAUGUCAAUCAGGCAGUCUUGUUCCUAACACCAUGGCUUUUUGGGGGCAUUGGAACUCUGCUCUGCCAGCUGCAGCUGCUUCAGGAGCUCCACGGUGCAGUGUUCUCUGGUAUGCUCAUGUUCGGGGCUGCAGCAGGUGUCCAGGCCCUGGCAUUAUAUGCUGCUCGGAGAAGGGGUACAGUGGAGAGACUUGGUGCACCCAACAUCCUAGUUGAUGAAGAGGAAGUGGAAUUCACCCACUGUGUCAGCCCAGAGACAGUUCGUUUCAUUGUCCCUGGGAAGAAGUUUGGGCUGAAUGUGGUGUUGCAUACAGUACUAGCCGGGGUGCUCUGCGGCUUUGGUACAUGGUAUGUGUUCCUUGGCAGACUGACUGCUCUCUAUAGCAGCAUUGGUGUAUCACUGGUAGUCUUUGUCCUAAGUUGGGUUACGCUUUGUAUAGCUGAGUAUUCCCUCAUUGUAAAUACGGCCACAGAGACGGCCACUUUCCAGGCACAGGACACUUAUGAGAUCGCCCCACUCACCCGGCCCCUCUACAUUCUUAUGUUCAUUUCUGUGGACUUGGCUGAUAGGUUCUCAGGCCCUUUCCCUGAGCUCCAGCUGGCCAGCCAGGUUCUCCACGUGCUGUUCGUCUUCCUACCUCUACUUUGGGCACUAGGCAUCCUGCCUCCCCUGGAUGCUUUGCUCCUUUGGGGCAUGGAGCAGGCUCUUGUGUUUGGCUUAGGAGGCUCGCCCAUGUCCAGCAACCUCGGGCUGCUGUUGAUGUUUGGUGUAUCUGCCGGCGUCGCUGUGUGUAAUUACUUCAUCCCAUCAACACUGGGUGUGGUUCUCUUCUCCAUCUCUACGGGAUUUCUGCUGAGCCUGGACCUUGGCCAGGUUGGAACAUUCUGCAGACGCAGGGCGGCCUUCGGGAGCCAUGGAUUUCACAGAGGGGGGUCAUCACCUCCUGCUCUCACUUCUUUUGGCUGGAAUCUGGGCUGCAGGGAGCUACUGGUAUAUUUGAGCCUGUUACUGGUGGCAGUGGCAGAGGCGGGGCUUUUGCAUCACUUCUUUGGUUCAGCUCAAUCCCAAAACUUGGUUACAGGACCACAGGCUCUUGUCAGUUACCUCCUCCUUGUACUCUUUUGCCUCUGCUGGGCUCUCAGAGAGAUCCAGGGGGCCUAUGUUUUUGGAGGGAUGUUCCUCAAUCCCCUCUAUCCUAAAGGUAUGUCCAAUGUGCAGACUUUCAUGCAAAGGAUCAAAGGAUUAUACACUGCUGCAGCAAUCAGAAGAGUUCUUCAUCUUGUGUCUCCAUUUGCAAUGAUUGCUUUCCUGUCUAUGGACCAGUCUCUGCAGCUGCUCCACAGGGUUUCCCUCUGUGUGGGAUUCACACGAGCUUUCAGAGUGGUGUGGCAGAGCUCAGAGGAUGCUCUGCUCCAAAUGGUGGUGGUGGUCUUGGUGAGGUUCGCAGCAGGAAACACGCUGCCAGGGUGGGAUGACCUGGGCACUGGAGUGCAGCUUCUUCUGGUGGGUCUCCUGAUUGACAGACUGACCCAGUUCCUGGCCAAGCUAAAGUUCACCCUGACUGUGUUGGUGACUUCUUGGACUGAGAAGAAGCAGCGGCGUCAAUCAGCUGGAACUCUCCUGGCUCUGAACGCCUCCCUGUUUCCAAUACUGCUGGCAGUUGUGACCCUCUCUGCCCUGCUCUCUGCCCCUCUGCUGCCCCUCUUCACCCUUCCCAUCUUCCUGGUGGGUUUCCCCAGGCCUCAGCGCAGUUGGCCAGGGCCAGUGGGCACUGCCUGUCCCUGCCUGGACUCAGUCUUCUACCAGCAGAUGAGUGGAAGUCUGGCUUCUUCUCUUAGGAUGGCCUUUGCAAGAGGAUCACUGGGUUCUUUAGCCCCAGGCUCUCACUUUCUUGGCCGCUUCCAGGACCGUAUGGUGUGGAUAAUGAUCCUGGAGAGAGGAUAUGGCUACUGUACUGUCAACAUUAAGGGUCUGGAGCUGCAGGAAACAUCUUGUCACACAGUGGAAGCACGUAGGGUGGAUGAGGUAUUUGAGGCAGCUUUUGAGCGCCCUGAGCGGCUCGGCUUCACCCAGGGCUUUAACCUGCACUGGGCGAAUUCCCUCACCCCUUGUGCUGCCAUUGCAGUACGGGUCUACUCUGACGCCCGAAAUGUGCUCUCUGGCAUCAUUGACUCUCAUGACAACUUGAAGAAAAUUCAGGAAGACUUUCUUAAAGCACUGGUCUGGAUGCUCCUCCGACACUGUGUGCAGAAACAUAAAGGAUUUCUUUGGAGCAAUGAAGAAGGGCCAGGGAUCAGAGGCAGGAAGUCGCAGUCUUCCCAGUUGGGCCAGACUACAAGCAACCAGCCACCUGAGGCUGUCAUCGUGGAAUCCAACAUGUCCUCUCUCAGGUUCAGACAGGACAGCUCUAGUUUGACCUCCUUUGGUGAUUGGUCAGAUGAGGAUGACUUAUUUGGACCUCAGCCAGCCAGGCGUACAGUGGCAUUAGUGACUGCAGAGGCCCAGCCAGGACACACAACACUGCAGACAGGGGCCUCUCUGCCGGGCUCUGUGGAGAUGGACAGCCUUUUUGAAAACAUGGCUGUCUCUGCCCUGCAGCCACUGCAGCCCCUGGGACUGGGCAUUGGGAUGCCAGCUGUGGAUAAAGGCCAAAACCCAGAGGUCUUCAGAGAGAGUCCUGGCUCUCUCCCUCAUCUCAACUUCAGUUGCCCUCAAUCGGAAGUAUUCAACCUACCAACAGGGUGGAGGACAGCACCAUUGCUACCAUCCUGCCUGCUGCAGCUCAGGGCUUUAUUUCCUGAGGACUGGUUUCGUUUUACUUUAGGGCGGUUUGGGCCCAUUGUGCCAGGUGACACCACUGAAGACAUGACCAAAGCUCUGAAGGAGGAUGAAGCCUUGAAAGAACUGCAUGCUCAGGUCGCACUUUCAUGUCUCAUCUCACUGGGGGCAGAGUCUGCCUUUACCAGUCCCAGUUAUGUUUACAGGCUUUACUGUGGAGAUAUACCAUGGACAGAAGGACUUAACUGGCUCUCGUCAAGUAAAGAACUUUACCAGCUUACACUUCGAGCUUUCAGGUUCAGUUUCAAGCUGCUGUUUGAUCAGGCAAGCCUAGGGCCUAUAGAAUCCCCUGAGGAAUUGUUCAGCACCUUGGAGGAAUAUGAAAGGGACUGGUACAUUGGCCUGGUGACAGAAAAAGGUUGGCAUGACAGCAUCCUUCAGGAGAAACCCUUCCUGUUUUCUCUAGGACAUGACCUUGCUAUGGGCACCUACACAGGGCGAGUCUUGUCCCUGCAGGAGCAGUUGGUGCAGGUGGGCCGUCUGAAUGGAGAGGGGGUGCGAGGACAGUGGGCAAACCUUUCCUGGGAGCUCCUCUAUGCUACUAAUGAUGACGAGGAGCGUUACAGCAUCCAGGCUCAUCCCUUCAUGCUAAGGAACCUAACUGUUCAGGCAGCCGAUCCACCUCUAGGAUACCCCAUUUACUCCUCGGCCCCGCUUCACUUCCCCUGCCUUUGACCUGUGGCUGAACAACAAACUCUAGAGGGAAGUGGAUGCUUUUACAGUUUGUACUCCAACAGUGAAAUGUCUUAUUCCAAAAUGAUACUUGGAAAAUUCAUGUGUAAAACCAUGAAGAAACUUUAAUCUGUUACGGAGUAUUAAAACUGUAGAUUGAGUUCAGAAAGGUAGUCAGUAGAGGAACCUAUAUUGUUUUUCCAACAUUAACUUCAAUUUUGGUGCUUCAUUUCCUGCACAACUGAGGAAGAAGCAGUUGCGUCACCACUGUACUGUGUACAAGUCGCAGUUCUUUAACUUUUAAUGCAUAAUGUGGACUACUUCCUAAACAGCACAUUUAAGAAAAAAAAAAACUCUUUUGACAUUUGUAUCUCAAGAGUUAAUGUUGAUAGGUUUCCACCAAACCACCUGCUUAGUGGUUUGUUUAUUAAUGUUUGUGCAUAAAGAGAAGUGAAUGAAAUAGCCCUUCCCCUUCUGUUGAAUACCUCUUAUUUUAUUAUACCUUUUAGAUUUUACAAUUUCCAGGUGAUUUCCACUCCACAAAAAUGGACAAGAAUAUUGUUUUGUUUAAAGUUAUCAAGGAUGUGCCUCAAGUAUGUCUUGUUGUAUGUGUAAGGUGUUUAGUGCUGUUUUGUUUACACUUGUUUACAACUUAGAAUGAAGAGUUAAAAGAAUAUGUCCAUAGCCUCCUGUUUUUAUAUGUGUAAUUGUAUAUAUUUAUAAUAAAAUAGGUUGGCAGAAGCUGUUUUAUGUUUCACUGCACAAAUUUGCUAGGGCAGAAAACUACUGAGUACUGAUUUUAUAACAAGCAUAACAAGACUGACAAACGGUACAAAACAGGAUUAUCCCAUGUUUGUCAGGCUUGUCAUGCCCUGGCAAGAGAGCUCUAAGCUGCUGAAGCAGUUGUGUCCUUGAAUGUUUCAUUCUAGAUGAGGCAAAAACCAUCUCACUCUCCAAGGUGAACAUU